UUCUUACAAUUUCGUCAACCAGAAUCAAAUUUCAAGAAAUAAUGUGUUUCGUAUUAUAAUCAUGGAAAACCCCUAAUUUCGCUACUCAAAUUUCCCAUUCACCCAUUUAUAACAUCCAAGCAAAGCGUCAACUUGCAUGAACAAACAGUAUCUUCUUCUUCUUCUUCUUCAAAGAUCAUAACCAUGAAAAACACUUCAGUUAUACACUUCUUCUUCUUCUUGCUGUCUCUUCUAACUACAUUCCAACUGCAUCAGCAAAUCAUCCCAUUAAAUUCACGGGCAGAACGGGCAGCUCUGAUCCAACUCAGAUCAUCACUAGGGUUAAAAACCAAAGAUUGGCCCAUUAAAUCCGACCCAUGUUUAACAUGGAUCGGUGUUCAUUGUCAACAUGGUAGUGUUAACAGGAUCAGUAUUUCCGGGCUUAAAAGAACCCGAGUUGGGAAUCAGAACACAAGUUUUACAGUUGAUUCUCUUGCCAAUUUUACCAACUUGGUUUUGUUUAAUGCCUCAGGAUUCUCACUUCAUGGGUCAAUGCCGAAUUGGUUUGGAUUUCGGCUUCAGUCGCUUCGGGUUCUUGAUCUUAGAUUCUGUGGAAUAUCUGGUGGUAUUCCUGUUAGUGUUGGAAAUAUGUCUAAUCUUAGUGAAUUGUAUUUGUCUGAUAACAAUCUUGUGGGUAGUGUUCCAUCUAGUUUGGGGGUGUUAUCGCGGCUUUCGGUUCUUGAUCUGUCAAGAAAUGCGCUUACUGGUGUGAUCCCUUCGUCGUUCGGGAGCCUGUUAAACCUUCGAUACUUGAAUGUUUGUUGUAACAGUCUGUCUUCUUUGGUCCCCACCCAACUUGGUAAUCUUGCUAGUUUGGUUGUUCUUGAUCUGAGUUCUAAUUCGUUUACGGGAACCGUGCCUAUAGAAUUCGGGAGUUUGAUGAAUUUGGAGAGGAUGGUGAUUCGAAACAAUAGCUUCGCGGGUGAUCUUCCUGACGCGUUAUGGUCACUACCUGCUUUAACUUUUCUUGAUGCAUCUGAUAAUCAUUUUAUGGGAUCUCUACCGGAUAAACGUUUGAAUGCUAAUGUCAACAUGGGUGUGUUUAAUCUCUCACAUAAUAUGUUUUAUGGGGUCGUUACAUCCGUACUUAGACGGGUUAGUUCUGUGGAUCUAUCUUACAAUUACUUUCAAGGGAAGAUGCCGGAUUAUGCACGAGAUGUUGCAGUUUUCGAUAAAAACUGCUUUCGAAGCUUGUCGGGCCAAAGGAAUGUGAAACAAUGCGCAACGUUUUAUACCAUGAGAGGGUUACCGUUCGAUAAUUUUGGACUUCCAAAUGGCACUUUACCUCUACCCUUACAUGGCCAUAAAAACAACCGAAGAAUGUUUGUAAUAGCAGUAGUUUUCGGCACUUUAGGUCUGAUCCUACCGUUUGUGAUUUUGGUGACAUCACUGAUUAUAUGCAGGAAAAGAAGGAAAACAACUCUAAAAGUAAACGGGUCAGGGCCCGUUUCAAUAGAAAGAGCAUAUGGAGAAGUGUUUGUUUAUGAGAAGAUUGUGGCAGCUACCGAUGACUUUAACGAUGAAAACCUCAUAAAAAACGGGUAUUCUUGUGAUGUUUUUAGUGGUGUUUUGGAGAAUGGGAUUCGUAUAAUCAUUAAAAGAUUUGACGCACAUUCCGUAAAGAACAGUUACAUGGAAGAGUUGGAUUUCUGUAGUAAGGUUUCUCAUCCUAGAUUCGUUCCCUUAUUGGGACGUUGUUUGGAGAACGAAAAGGAAAAGUUUCUGAUCUACAAACAUAUGCCAAAAGGGGAUUUAUCAAGUUCGUUAAGCAGAAUAAACGAUCGCGACGAUGAAAGACUUACAUCGUUGGAUUGGAUAACACGGUUAAAAAUUGCUGUCGGAACUGCAGAAGGGCUAUCUUAUCUACAUCAUGAAUGUUUUCCACCCCUUGUUCACAGAGACGUUCAAGCUAGCAGUAUACUUCUUGACGAUAAAUACGAAGCGCGGUUAGGAAGCCUAAGCAAGGUGUGUACGCAAGAAGACAAUAUACAUUCAAACUGGAUCAAAACAUUAAUAUCGCCACCCUUGGCAUCUCAACAAAGUGCUUCUGUUACUGCAACGUGCGCAUAUGAUGUUUACUGCUUCGGAAAGGUGUUACUGGAGCUUGUAACGGGUGAAACUGGAAUUAGCGGGUCGAGUGGUUCAGAAACAAAUGAUCUCUUGAAAAGUAUACUUCCAUAUAUCAGUACUUAUGAUAAAGAGCUUGUGACAAACAUAAUUGAUCAGUCGCUAACAGUAGAUGAUGAUUUACUAGAAGAAGUAUGGGCUGUGGCGGUUAUUGCUAAAUCUUGCCUUAACCCGAAACCUUCUAGAAGACCACUUAUGAGAUUCAUACUCAAAGCUUUGGAAAAUCCUUCAAAAGUUGUGCGUGCAAAAACCACGAGCUCAGCUAAACUUCGGGUCAAGUCCUUUAUGGGUUCUUGGAUGAGAUCGAACGGUUAGGAUUGAUUGGUUCUUUGGUAAUAAUGCACACGGGGUUGACCCGUUUGAGAGAGAUUUAACGGUUAGGAUUGAUGGAUUGGGUGGUUAUAAUUCACAUAGAGUGACCCAUUUGAGCUUCUUUCAGGAUGACAUCUUGUUGUAGUUUAAUUUGGGGGCUUAUUGUUAUGGGAAAGGAUUAUGUAGAAAUCAAAAAACUGUAAAGGUGUUAAAUAACAACAUACUUUUCUUACUAACA